CACAACGUGCAUUUCAUCCAGCUGUUCAGCCUUGCUACAACACCCUUCGCAGCCUCUUCGCACAUAUCUCUCAUCUACUUUCCAUGCAAUGCCACCAAACUCUUUAUCAGCACUCUUCAUCCGUUUGUUUCGCAUGACGACUUCGUUAGAAUAUGGAUCCGCUCAGCGUCACAGCCAGCAUCAUCGCAGUUCUACAGCUUUCGGCCAAAGUCCUCGGCUAUCUGAGCGACGUCAAGGAUGCCUCCAAAGACCGCAUGCAGUGCGCUGUAGAAAUCUCGAAUUUGUAUAAUCUGCUUUUUAACCUAAGGGUCCACCUUGAAGAGGAAAACCCCGACGAGCCAUGGUUCACCGCUGUGCGAGCCCUUGACGUCGAGAACGGUCCGCUCGACCAGUUCAAGCAAGCGCUGGAGAUUCUGCAGACUACAAUGACAGACGGAGGACGGUUGAACAAGGCUAGAAAGGCGCUGCGGUGGAAGUUCGAGAAAGAGGAGAUUGCCAGUAUAUUAAGUCGGAUGGAGCGCUUAAAGACGUUGAUAAAAAUCGCGUUGCAGAUGGAUCACUUCAAACUCUCCCAAGCUCUCAAAAAUGACACCCAACAUAUCAAAGUUGUUGUCACGUCUCUUCAGACACACGCAGACGAUACGGAGCACCGCCGGCUGCUGGAGUGGGUCUCACCCACAGAUUAUCCCGCCCAGCAAUCCGAUAUCAUAAAGCGCAAACAAGAAGGAACGGGACAGUGGUUCCUGAACGCACCUGAGGUCGCAAAAUGGCUCAGCGAAGCCAAGGGAACCCUCUUCUGUCCAGGCAUUCCUGGGGCUGGUAAAACCAUGGUAGCGGCCAUCGCGAUCGAUCACCUCUUGACAUCGGUACAGGAUAGCGCACAUGGAGUCGCUUAUGUGUUUUGCAACUACAAAACUAAGGAAGAGCAGGACACUUCCAAUAUGCUGGCAGCUGUCCUCAAGCAACUGGUGCAGGCUCGGCCGUCAAUCGCGGGUUCUGUCGGACAGUUGUACAAGCAACAUAAUAACCGAGGCACAAGGCCAUCGCUUGACGAGGUGUUCUCUUGUCUUUGA